AUGCUGGCAUCAAUGGUCGACCUUGUCGCAGCCGCGUGUUUCCGGCCCUACAUCAUGGUACCCGGAGCAGCCAAAACCCAUAUGCAGGGCCGGUGCAAGGAGUUGCCAGCCUCGGUCUUGACCGAGUUGGACCCAUUUGACGUCUAUGUAGCCAUGGAAGAUCGGCACAGGCUGGAAGAAUUGAAGGGGCACUCGGGCAAUACCAAAGACACGUACUCUCGUCACGGAGGAUAUAAAGAGAUUGGCUACCGCGCUCAACACAAAGAAAUGCUGGAUGAUCUGGAGGAGGCAGCAGAAACCUCUACACCCCAGGACCAGAAAGCAGCUCUGGCUAUCGUUUCCGGCUUGCUUGAGAGAAAUGCGAUCUCAUACGGCGUUAUGGGCGGCAUGAACUUUUAUUUGCGUGGUUCUGGUCGGGCGACCGGUGACGUGGAUAUCGCUGUUGAUAAUCCACCACGUAUGGACUCUCUUCUGACCAUUUUCAAUAGCCAUCCCAACAUUUACCGGCCAGGCAACAGAAUGCAAUGGGCCUCGGGCGUCGCAAGGCUGUUCGUUAGCGUUCAAGGCCGGCUGGUCCAGGUCGAUCUGAAGCCAAAGGGCGCAGAGGGCCAUCUCAUCCCCAGUGACCUUGCGAGAGCUGUCGAUACGCUGCAGCUCUCGACCACAACGCAGUGCAAGGUUCUCUCGAUCGGCCCUCUCGUCGCGGCGAAGAUCAAGGCCCACUACAACCGGGAGACAAACGAUGACUACCGGGAUCUUAUGUUCGUCUGCAGAUCGGCCACUUACGCUCCUCUGGUCAGAGAAGCCGCGGGUAGCUUCCGAGCGCAGUGGAAAGAGAGUUUCUUGGAGAAGGUCAUCGAUAACAAUCCCGAGCUAGAGAGGCAGGUCAGAUGGGCUCUCAACAUGGAUCGUAGCCCCUCGCCCAAGGACAAGAAGAGCGGCGGUGGUGGCGGCGGCGGCGGCAACGAUAGGGGAGGGCGCGGUGGCGGUGGGGGAUCUUCCAGGAGCAGCUCGCCGCGGGACGGUGACAGAUCGUCGGACGGCUAUUGGACGUACAGUUCCAGGAAUAAGGGCUGGUAUCACGUACAUGGGGACGGUCGCACCUCCUGGCGUGACCAGCCCAGCAGCAGCUCCCAGUCCAAAUCUAGCUCGAGCAGCACCGCGCAGCGGAGCAGCGACAAGACAAGGUCACGGGACACCGGUAAGUCGUCGGCGCCGCGGGAUGGCGACAAGUCCAAGGACGGGUAUUGGACGUAUAGUUCCCGGAACGGAAAGUGGUACCAUCGCCACAGCGAUGGAAAGGUUUCAUAUGCGUCGUAG